GGCAGGUGUCAGCGGCGUCUGCAUUCGGCGGCGAUGGAGCGGCCCCGGGGAGCUGCGGACGGCCUUUUGCGCUGGCCCCUCGGCCUCCUCCUGCUCCUGCAGCUGCUGCCGCCGGCCGCCGUCGGCCAGGACCGGCUGGACGCGCCGCCGCCUCCCGCUCCUCCUCUGCUGCGCUGGGCCGGUCCGGUCGGGGUGAGCUGGGGGCUGCGCGCCGCCGCGCCUGGGGGCCCCGUCCCCCGCGCUGGCCGUUGGCGCCGCAGCGCGCCCGCCGAGGACGAGGACUGCGGCCGCCUCCCGGACUUCAUCGCCAAGCUGACCAAUAAUACGCACCAGCAUGUCUUUGAUGACCUCAGUGGCUCAGUGUCCUUGUCCUGGGUUGGAGACAGCACUGGGGUUAUUCUCGUCCUGACUACUUUCCAAGUGCCACUGGUAAUUGUGAGUUUUGGACAGUCCAAGUUAUAUCGAAGUGAGGAUUAUGGGAAGAACUUUAAGGAUAUUACAAAUCUCAUCAAUAACACCUUCAUUCGGACGGAGUUUGGCAUGGCUAUUGGUCCUGAGAACUCUGGAAAGGUGAUAUUAACAGCAGAGGUGUCUGGGGGAAGCCGAGGAGGAAGAGUGUUCAGGUCAUCAGACUUUGCCAAGAACUUUGUGCAGACAGAUCUCCCCUUUCAUCCUCUGACUCAGAUGAUGUACAGCCCUCAGAAUUCUGAUUACCUGUUAGCUCUCAGCACUGAAAAUGGCCUGUGGGUGUCCAAGAAUUUUGGGGAAAAAUGGGAAGAAAUCCAUAAAGCAGUAUGUUUGGCCAAAUGGGGACCAAACAACAUCAUCUUCUUUACCACCCAUGUGAAUGGCUCCUGCAAAGCUGAUCUUGGUGCCCUGGAAUUAUGGAGAACAUCCGACUUAGGGAAAACCUUCAAAACCAUUGGUGUGAAAAUCUACUCAUUUGGUCUUGGGGGCCGUUUCCUCUUUGCCUCUGUGAUGGCUGAUAAGGAUACAACAAGAAGGAUCCACGUGUCAACAGACCAAGGAGACACAUGGAGCAUAGCACAGCUUCCUUCUGUGGGGCAGGAACAAUUCUAUUCUAUUCUGGCAGCCAAUGAGGACAUGGUAUUCAUGCAUGUAGAUGAACCUGGAGAUACUGGGUUUGGCACAAUCUUUACCUCUGAUGACCGAGGCAUUGUCUACUCCAAGUCUCUGGACAGACAUCUCUAUACCACCACAGGCGGGGAGACCGACUUUACCAACGUGACUUCCCUCCGUGGGGUCUAUAUAACGAGCACGCUCUCAGAAGAUAACUCCAUUCAGAGCAUGAUCACUUUUGACCAGGGAGGACGGUGGGAGCACCUGCGGAAGCCGGAGAACAGCAAAUGCGAUGCCACCGCAAAGAACAAGAAUGAGUGCAGCCUUCAUAUCCAUGCUUCUUAUAGCAUCUCCCAGAAGCUAAACGUUCCGAUGGCCCCACUCUCUGAGCCCAAUGCCGUGGGCAUUGUCAUCGCUCACGGUAGUGUGGGAGACGCCAUCUCGGUGAUGGUCCCAGACGUGUACAUCUCAGAUGAUGGGGGUUACUCCUGGGCAAAGAUGCUAGAGGGACCGCAUUACUAUACCAUCCUGGAUUCUGGAGGCAUCAUCGUGGCCAUUGAGCACAGCAACCGUCCUAUCAAUGUGAUUAAGUUCUCCACAGAUGAAGGCCAGUGCUGGCAGAGCCAUGCGUUCACACAGGAGCCCAUCUACUUCACCGGGCUUGCUUCCGAGCCUGGAGCCAGGUCCAUGAACAUCAGCAUCUGGGGAUUCACAGAGUCUUUCAUUACCCGCCAGUGGGUCUCCUACACAAUUGAUUUCAAAGACAUCCUUGAGCGGAAUUGUGAAGAGGAUGACUACACCACAUGGCUGGCACAUUCCACAGACCCCGGAGAUUACAAAGAUGGCUGCAUUUUGGGCUAUAAAGAACAGUUCCUACGGCUACGGAAGUCAUCCGUCUGUCAGAAUGGUCGAGACUAUGUUGUGGCCAAGCAGCCAUCCAUCUGUCCGUGCUCCCUGGAGGACUUCCUCUGUGACUUUGGCUACUUCCGUCCAGAGAAUGCCUCAGAGUGUGUGGAGCAGCCAGAACUGAAGGGGCAUGAGUUAGAGUUCUGUCUGUAUGGCAAGGAGGAGCACCUGACAACGAAUGGGUACCGAAAAAUCCCAGGAGACAGAUGCCAAGGAGGGAUGAAUCCAACCCGAGAAGUAAAAGACUUGAAAAAGAAAUGCACAAGUGACUUAUUGAACCCCAAGAAGCAGGACUCCCGCCCACAGGGACACAGCUUGUCCCAGAAUCCAGCUCCGCCUCCUCUUGGAUACACUGAAAACACACACUUCCCAUCUCCUACCCAGAAGCAGAAUUCCAAGUCGAAUUCUGUCCCUAUUAUCCUGGCCAUCGUGGGACUGAUGCUUGUCACAGUUGUAGCAGGGGUCCUCAUUGUGAAGAAAUAUGUCUGUGGUGGAAGGUUCCUGGUACACCGAUACUCUGUGCUACAGCAGCACGCAGAGGCUGACGGAGUGGAGGCUUUGGAUACGGCCUCCCACGCUAAAAGCGGUUAUCACGAUGAUUCAGAUGAGGACCUCCUGGAAUAGCUCUUCAGAGGAGCUGGGACUGAGUGUGCGUGGAGCCUCAGUGCCUCCUCCAUUCCCUGAGGCUCUGACUGGAGGAAAUAAAUCUCCCACUGCGCCGGCCCAGCUCUGUUUCUGCCGCUUCCAUCCAAGCCCAAAGGACCUACACUAAAGAAAGCAGGGUGGGGUGGGGGACCCUGACUGAUCGCACAGUUGCCUCUGAGAAGAGGGGGGACAUUUUAAAUUCUUUAACAUUUUUGUUUCAAUUUCUGUCUUUUGUAAAAGUACGGGCUUUAGGCUUCUCUUGGUUUGUUUUGUGUGUUAAGGGACAUGACUUGGGACUCAAAGGGAUUGCUUCACUGACCCCACUCUUGUGCAUUCCAUCUGGUGCCUGCCCCAGGGCAUUUGCCAACUCCACCAUCAACUCAACUCCCACAGCAUGGCUGGUGCUGUCCCUGGGCUCUGCUGGUCAUGCGAAGCAGCCUCAGAGAGGGAAACAGAGGGGCAGCAACUGGCACCGCCUGGCCAGCUUUUCUCCAUCCAUGGACAGCCCUGUUCAAAGAGCGCCUCGUCGGCCCUACUUCCUCAUCCCCAACCCCAACCAUGACUGUAGGGCACAGUGACUUUUCCUUUCUCGUUUAAUUAGGCAGUACCCUUGCUAAUUGCUCUUUGGCAACUAACUUAAUCAUGUGCUUCCAACACACUAAAUGGGGGAAACUUACAGGGCACUAUUUUUAACUUGUGGCAAGGAAGGAACAACAGAAAAUUGACUAGCUCUAAGACCUAUUAAAGACAAAACUGGCUGCUUCUGCACUCUUUCAAACUGUGCUUUGUGGUGUGCCAGGGGCUCUGCUAGAGGCUUGGCCUCAAAGCCUGCCCAGGCGCCACCAUCCCUUUCCUGGAGUUCAUUGUUCAGUGCACAAUGCAGCCACAGGACUGACAGUCCUAGGCUUCCAUUUUGUCCAUCACCCAUUGUAAAGGCUCAGUGUUGAACUACCGCUGCCGUGGCUGCUUACCGCCUCCUCUGAAGCUGCUACUGUUCACUAGAGCUAGGAAUGUUUUCAGGUUAACGGACUUUUUCAAACUCAAAGUUAUGUUACCAGAUGAUCCUCACCCUUCCCCUACUUUUGCUGAGGUAUUUGUUGUCCAGAACCCUUUGGCUCACCCCACUGAAGGCACAUUCUAGAUGAUACUGUAUGUGGUCGAUAGCAUUGCUUUCAUGUUUUAAAUUUAAGAAAUUUUCUGAUAUUUUUCCAAAUUAAAUAAGUUCUAGAAUGUGAUUGGCAGAUGUGGGGGCGGCCAUCUAUCUGGUAGUGGAAAGCUGUAGCAAUUCGUUUGAAUACAGCUUACAUGUUAACUGGACAGGAAGAUGGUACAGUAGGGUAGGUCUCUGUUCUCCCCACGCCUGCUGUGCUGAUCACAGUCCCUCCCAGUUACCACUAGGACAUUCUUUAGGAGAUCCAUUUUGCUGUCACUUCAUUCUGUGGCUAGAAAGUCAGUGGAAAGUAAAUGUGCCAAACUAACUUUUGUCAGAAUGCAUGAGCAGAUGGCUGAGUCCUCUCCUCCCCAGAAGGAACAAACAGCAUCAGGGAAAGAGGGGGAGGAAGAGGAGGGAGAGCCAGCGAGAUGCUGACUUGCAGCUAAAUGAUUCAUGGAAUGUCAGUUAGAAAACGAAGUUAGGGUCGUUUCUGGAAAGAGAAUAUCUGUUAGAGCCAGGAUGCUCUAGUCUUUUAGCUUGUUCAUUUUGUAAUGAUUCUAAAGUAAUUCCAAAGAUAUAGCCGCUCAUAAAUUAUCAAAGUUCUGUCCACCCUCACCUCCUGCCAAAGCGGAGAGAUCUAUUUCCACUACACGCUGUCUCUCCUAGCACAUCCCCAGGUUGGUGUGGGUAGAUAGACCAAUGUACAGUGAUCCUCCCUAGUGUCUGGAUGGACUUAACCCUCGUCCCUAACCAUCAAAGACUAGGGUGCUCUGCCUCGGGUGGUUUCUGGGAUUUCUGUAGAACUUGGCAGUUUCUGGAUCAUUUCUCUUCUGAGCACCGCACUAUUCUUGCCGUAGAUAGAGCUCAGGAGCCAAAGUUGAGUCAGCCACCCAGGGUCUUCAGAGCUCUGAACCGUAGUUGUUCAAGCCCCUGGGUCCUUGCAGCAGAGCUUCUCAUAGGCGACUUGCUGGGGCUGAGGACCCUCAGGCAUUUCCUGCAAAGCCAUUAUUUUGACACCUUUUUGUUUUCUUUUUGGAAAACAAAAUUUUAUUCCCCUGCUUCAUGGCCGAAAUAAAAAGUGAUGGUAAUGGGUGGGCACCCCCUCUCCCUUGGAUAGUCACUGUUGUGGAGCACAGGACCGGUCUCUGGAGGAGUCCUUCCUCUCUGCCCCUUUGCUCUGUAGUCUGUAGCUCGCUGGCUCUGCUGGCUUGGGUUCUGCUCCUACAAUGGCUCACAGAAGCAUUCACAUGUACAAAUGUGUAACCCCAGCCACUCUUUAAGCUGUUUGUUUGUUUGUUUGUUUGUUUGUUUGUUUGUUUGUUUUAAAGGUCUGCUGGAGUGUCACCAACAUCACUGGUGAGCAUUGUGGUGGCAGAUGGGGUUGAUUCUAGAGACUUGGGCAGUAGCAUUUAACAUUGUUAGGUAGCUCAGACAUAUCAGAGAAUCCAUAGUGGCCUGAGUUUUAAAUCCAAAACUUUUUAUUUUUAUUUUUUAUUUUUGCCAUGGCUGAGUGUGCCUGUGCUGUGAUUGAAUGGAACACUGCUUUGAGGCCCUGGAGAGUGCAACUGCAGGGUGGGCUAAGGAGCUGUCAGUCUUGACAACUGAGCCUCGGACCCGCAACCUCUGAGUCUACAUUCUGGCGUGCAGUCCCCUGCCUGCUCAUGCCUGGUCCCCUAGCCCUUCCUCUCUGGCAGUGUAGUAUUAUGGGCCAACCUCAGCUCCUUUGUUGGUCGGGCCUAUAAACCAUGGCUGGAUAUAACUAUACUGAACUGUCCCUUCAUCAGGAUGCUAGAUGCUGAGGGGUGCAGGGCCAUUCCAAUAAGCCCCAGAGUGAAAGGGCUGGCAUGGUGUCUCUCAUUUUAUUGCUCUGCAGGUAAACCAUAAAGGUAGAGUCCUCCAGUCCUCUGAAGAGCCCCACCACUAUGCACACUGGCAAAGGGCUCACCCGCUUGUCAGUACGGCCCUCUCAAUUCCAUAUUCAACAGGGAUGCAUCAGAUUGCUAACAUAGGGCAGGGCACACCUCUGUUUUCUAUCACCUUCCUAUCAGAGGGGAAAGUAACAUGAACUUUAAUGUCUUUCGGAAUAAAACCAAAGUUUUAAGAUUUGCCAUAUGAUGUAAUGACAGGGAAGCCCAGAGUCGGCAAGCAGGUGCCAGAUUUUCUGUCCCAUUGGCCAGUGCUUCACCAGGUGCGGGCUGCUAUGGGCUUGUUAAAACCACGGGUGCAGGUAGGGUUUUUUUGGUUCCAUGUGUUAUAACAAUAAGAAUUGGAGCAUUAACUUGAAAUUGUCUUCAAGGACUUGCUAUGUGCACUUUUUCACACCGGUACAUUCUCUGCAUCUGUUUAUAUGAAAUAACACAAGCUAAUCUGUACCUUUAUAUAUAUGUGUGUGUACAUAUAUACAUGUAUAGACUGUAUAGUGUACAUGUUAAUGAAUUAUCAGUAUGCCCCGAAUUUCUAGUGCAGUUCUCAUCCUCCGCAUGCCCUCAGCUGUAGUCAGGGGACUUCUUGUCCCCUGGUGGCUCUGCUGAGUCCCUGUGUUUGAGCCUCCAGGGAAAAGGGUUUGGGCUGCAUUCUCCUUACCCCAUGCACAGAAACGCUCAGGGUCCCCACUUGCCUGUUGUCCUCCCCUCUUGUCUUUUGUUCCCUUUCUGAGCAUGUGGCCCCUCCCCGGCUGUGAGGGGCAGCUGCCUUCCUGGGAAAGCAUAAAGCAGGAUCAAGACCACCACUGCAUGUGUACUGAAAACUUCAGACUUCUGCCCGCUUGGGACAGAACAUUGCAUGUGAGGUGGGGUUCUCAAGUUUCAAAGACCUGUGUCAAUUAUACAGCAAAACCAGACCCCAUAAUGACAUCCCAUAAAAUGGAAAUAAAAUGCAAAAUCUCUUUAGCAUUGUGUAAAUAAAUCUGGAUGUGUUUAACUUUGUACUGGUAAUUUUCUGUAUAUUUGCAAUAUUUGGGUUAGAAAUAAAAACAGCCUGGACUUUGGUACCUAACCUAC